ACCCAGCCUUUUGCAUACCUGCCCUGUGUACUACAGCAUCGCGACCAAAACCAACAGCAUCUCUCGUCCAUUCGCGAUCUCAUUCUACGCCUUGCACCCGGUCUUUUUAAAGCACUCCGAAGCCAUUUAUUCUUGGGCAAACUUAUUUGCCCUCCCCGCUUUAUCUAAACCGUUCCGUUACAACCGCCACCCUGGCUCAAUCACUCGUCAUGCCGAAUACACCACCUCCAGCGCUAUUACCCCCACCAGAAGGUAUAUUUAGGACCUUUGAAGAUUUGAUGGCUUCCGUCCAGCGCGUUGCGAAGGACCAGGGCUACGGAAUUGUCAAGCUGCGCGCUUCAAACUACCGCGACGGAAAACCUACCCGUUACGAUCUCGUUUGCGACCGCGGUGGUGUCAAGUACAACAGCACUGCUAAGAAGCGCAACCCUUCGACGCGCAAAAUUGAUUGUCCCUUUCGCGCCAAGGCCGUUUGCGAAGUUCAGCUCGGAAACCAAUGGCGUUUUGCUAUCCAAGAGGGACGCCAUAACCAUGAGCCACGAGCUCCCUCUGGCACGCCUGGUCAGGAGAACGCGCCGCUGGCUACAUCGAUCCGAUCUUUCACUAAUAAGCUCGACCGCCUGAACCACGACAUGGCCCAGGGUCUAAUGCGCAUCGAGCAGCGCCUUGAUAACAUCGAGAAGCGCAUGGACAGUCUUGAAGCCCGAGCUGGAGGCGGCUACGAACCACGCUUCCAGGCUAUUGAACAAAGACUCCAGGGAAUGGAAGGUCCUCGCAUGGAUGGGAUGGGUAUGGACGAUGUCGAAACACGUCUUCUAGCCUCGACGGUAAUGUAGGAAACUGGCCAGAUAGGUGCGGACGCGCGGCAUCUCGCCAUGGACGAUCACCAGUGAGUAUCAACAUACCUGGUGGAUCUGUCGGGAAACAUCAACGCCUACAAUGGCGACGGAGUUCAUAUCAACAAAAGUGGUUCACAGCGAAGUGACUUGUGAAAGUCAUGCGGUCGUU